AGCCUGCUCUAUAUCUAUGGGCCCAAGGGGAGCUCACCCAUUAGCCUGAUUUCCAGGAGAACCAGCACUCAGUUCCACCGGAGCAACAACGCAGACUAGGAAACAUGGGUCUGAAGCUGCUCAAGUCCCGACUUUGCCUUUUGCUGCUGCUGGGACUUGUUCUAAUGCUUGCCUCAUGCCAGCAGCCAACCCCUUCCCAGAAGUUUAACAUCCAGCAUAUCUAUAACAGCACCUACCCCCGAUGUGAUGAUGCAAUGCGUGUCGUUAACAAGUUAAAAAGAAACUGUAAGCAACUAAAUACUUUUCUUCAUACAACUUUUGCUGAUGUUGUCCUUGUGUGUGGCAAUCCAAAUACCAUCUGCAAAGAUGGGAUAAGUACAAAUUGUCAUGAUAGUUCAUCUCGGGUAUCUAUAACUGUCUGCAACCUCACAACCCCAGCCAGCCAUUAUACCCAAUGCAGAUACCAAACGACAGGAUCAGUGAAGUACUACACAGUUGCCUGUAACAGGAGAACUCCACGGGACAGUCCCAUCUAUCCAGUGGUUCCCGUUCACUUGGAUAAGACAUUUUAGCUCCAGUGUCAGCACUUUGUGCCUUCACUCAUCUGCUAAAGACAAGAUCAUCGUGGUGAAGAACCAGUUCCUCUGCGCUGCAAAUCAGCACCGGUCCUCAUGAAGCCUGUCCCUGACUCCCUUUAAUUUACCUGAAUAGAUCUCUUCUAAACAAUAAACACCUUUGCAUUCUCAUCAA